ACAAGAUGGCGGCGCCCAUUUCAAAACAUUUUACACGUGUGUUAACAAAUUGGAGAUUCAGUGUCUUCCAGAGACGAGUCUCAACACAAAACAAGCCAAACAAACCCAAGCGUCGGACAAAGUCAAAAGUACAGCCAAGUCAGCUCACAGAAGUAGAAGUUGAGAAGCCUCUCCAAGAGUUCACAUCAGCUUUCACGGCAACAAAAGAGGUUGUGGAACACCAGCAGCCAGCCAAUACUGAUCAAGCAACAGAGUAUCUGAAUAACAAACUGAGGGAAGCUGUCACACCUCUAUGGAAACUUUCAUAUGAAAAGCAACUAGACUUGAAACACUUAAGGAAUUCUAGUGUUCUGUUGAACUUCACUAAUGAGCUGAUUAAACAAGAAGCUGCAGUUGGCUUAACAGAAACUCUUGAUAGAGCAAAGAACAAUAAUGGAUUGUGUUGCCAUCUGGAGAGAAUAAAGCCAUCACCUGUUGUUGAUGGCUACCGAAACAAAUCAGUAUUCAAUGUAGGCACCGGUGCAGAUGGCAGUAGGAAAACAGUCGGACUAUUCAUUGGAGAAUGGAGAAAAAAAAAUGUUGUAUGCCUCCCUUCAGGCCCGUGCCAAAACAUCAGCCAAGCUCAUAAACAUGUUGAAAAGGCUUACAAGCAGUUCCUUUUGCAGUCCCCACUUGAUGUGUCCCAUAGUUUUGAGGACAGUGGUAACUGGCGAGAGAUGGUUGUGCGAUCCAACCAUGUGGGUGAUCUUAUGGCUAUUGUCAGCUUUGUCCAGAAUGAAUUAAGUGACAUGGAGAAGGAGGAUGCCAUUCUCUCAUUGCAGGAUUUCUUUGCUUAUGGAGAAGGCAAGGAUUGUAGGCUUAGCUCACUCUACUUUCAAUCAAGCACCACCACAACAGCAACCAAUGAUGAAGCCCCUUAUCACCUCCUUCUUGGCAAGAAGCACCUCCAUGAGACGCUCUUUGACCUGCAGUUUCGCAUCUCCCCUGAUUCCUUCUUCCAAGUCAACACUGCUGCUGCAGAGGUUCUCUAUUCCACAGUCAUGGACCUCGCCAAGCUGGGAGCAAACACAACUGUAUUGGAUUUAUGUUGUGGGACAGGCACCAUUGGGCUAGUUAUGGCAGAUAAGGUUAGAGAGGUUGUGGGGAUUGAAGUGAUCCAACAGGCAGUAGAGGACGCAAGAAUCAAUGCUGAGAUAAAUGCUAUAUCUAAUGCGACAUUUGUUUGUGGCUCAGUGGAGGAAGUUUUACCUGACAUCCUCCCAACACUAGAGGGCGCUGGUGAUCUAUUAGUGGUAGCAAAUCCAGCCAGAGCUGGACUGCAUCCGAGAGUAGUGAGAAUCAUCAGGAAUAGUCCAUCCAUCAAGAGGCUGGUUUAUAUAUGCUGUAAAUCAGAGGGAACAGCAGCUAGAAACUUUACAGACCUAUGCUGUCCCGCUACUACCAGACUCUAUGGCAAUCCAUUCACAACCAUCAAGGCUGUACCAGUGGACCUCUUCCCACACACCCAUCACUGUGAACUUGUUCUCCUCUUUGAAAGGCCAUAAGGUAAAAACUAAGCAAAUAAAGCAAGCAUUAAUGAUGGAACAACUAGUUAAUGUUGGAGCAUUUCUGCAAGUUGGCUCCCUACUUAUUUCUGUCAAUGGUUUGAACUCCAUAUAGGCUUUAAGAGGAUUUCAGAUAUUGCAUUGCUAUGGAAUUUAUGUAUCAUAUUCAUAUUUAUCCAAGUAGAGUUCAUGAGUGAUGCCAGAAAUAGUCUCAUCUAAUGAGACAAUACAUCUCAGAGGAAAUAACUGCUCAAAAAACAGGAGAAGACUACAGUUAAAAAAGCUUAGAGUGUGACAAGUUAAUAUCUGUAAUGCUUAUCAGUCAGUCUUGAUUUGAAGCAAGUCAACUUUGUAUCUAAGAGGAAGACACGCAAGAUCUGCAACAAAAAUUCUCUUUCAAACGUUUUUAUUUUAUCGACAUUUAUUUACUCUCAAUAAAUUAACAACUUGAGGAUCCAUUUCCAUAAAUUAAAUAAUCCACAUAUUAAAUAAUCCACAUGAAGUAGUAUUUACAUCUAAAGUCAUGCACCAUAUUUACACUUGGUUUUCAGUAAAAAUAUAAUACAUCAUCUACAUCAUAGUUGAUGUUCUAACUAAUACUAACAACAAACAAGUAGUUUUUUCAUGCUUGCCCUACCACUAAAUUAAAGACUUGAACCAUUGGUCAAGUCUGUCUGGACAGGAAUCUGUGAUAAAUGUUUUCUUGAUAAUAUGAGACUUACAUUUCAAGAGAAUUGGACGAAAUUUGUGAAUACUCCUUCACUGUUAAAAUAAAAUGUCUGAAGUAAUGUUAAAAAGAAUAAAAACUUACCAACUAAUUAAUUUGUUUGAUUUCUUAUACCUACUAGCACUUUGUAAAAAACUUAUGUUUUUGUUUGUUUCUUAGGAUUAUCUUCUACCCAAACCUUUCUGAGGAAAAACUGGCAUCAAGUUCAAAGAGACUGGCGCCUUUAAAACUUUGCGUUACUUUUGUUGUAGUUGAGGUCAGGAAACAAGCAUGAUGAGUAAACUUGUCAAUAGCUUGGAAGAAACUUCCGCAAGUGCAGUUUUAAUAUUGAAUAAAUAACU